GGGCAAAGAGUCACCGACGAGACGCAAGGCCCAGUUCUUGAGAAACACCUGCAUAGGACGGCGUACCGGCGCAAACUGUACGCCGACUACCUUCAAGACGUCGAUUAACGAGUAUUGUUUCUAUGGUGCAGCGGUCGACGUUUUCCUACAUCCAUCUUUUCGUCAACAGAUAGUUCGUUCGCACGACGAUUAUCGGGGGUAGAAGGCUCGGAGAGCUCUCGAAGGGUGGACACGAAGAAUAAUCCGCGUCCGAAAGCACAGAGAACUCGCCAAUUUUGUCCACUUUCGUAGAUUAGACUCCGUAGAUCGUGGACCGAUAAAAGGAUCCGUAUCUUCUUUUUUUUUUUGCCCGAUCGUAAUACAUAAUUAUUUCCUUGAUCGUGUCCAUGCGAAUCGCGCGCGUCGCUUCAAAUCGGUUACAGUUCUCGCAAGCUCUCGCCGAAUCGUCGGUAGGUUGCGAUAUACCCAGACGUAUCGACGUAGAUUUUGUCGCCGAGUUUUGAAAGGGGUGUGUCGUGAAAAUUAAGGAAAACGAAUAAUACCCGACGCAUAACAGUUGAGGUGAUUCGAUCGAAAUUUUUUAACUAUAAAUUGUGGGAGGAAAUCAUUUCGAUCGGCCGAUUUAAUAUGGAACAGUGAUCUCUGUAUCGAGCUGCCCGCUGCAGAUCACCAAAAAGGAGUUCUCGACGUAUUUUACAUAAAAUCAAUAUUUUUGACCUCUAAUGAACGCCAGCGAAGGUUCCUCAAUCGCCGAGAUGUCAAACAUCUACAAUAACUCCGUAGUUCGGUUUUACCAGCACUUGUUCUUCGAUAUCGCCGAUCCAAGGACGAAGGAUUGGUUCCUGAUGUCUUCGCCGGUCCCCGGAGCGAGUAUAAUGUUCGGUUACCUCUACUUCGUGCUUUCCUGGGGCCCGAGACACAUGGAACAUCGGAAACCUUAUCAAUUGAAAAAUGUACUCAUCGUCUACAACCUGCUCCAAGUCAUUCUCAGCUCAUGGUUGUUCUACGAAGGGCUCGACGCUGCCUGGCUGACGAAAUAUAGCUGGAAGUGCGAACCGGUCGAUUACUCCGAUACACCGCAUGCUCGGCGGGUCGCCAGGGGCGUCUACUUCUAUUUCCUAGCGAAAUUAUCGGAGCUGUUGGACACGGUCUUCUUCGUUCUUCGUAAAAAGGAACGACAGAUCAGUUUCUUGCACAUGUAUCACCACACCGUGAUGCCGUUGGCCGCUUGGGGAGCGACGAAAUAUCUUCCCGGGGGACACGGAACCUUCGUCGGUGUGAUAAACAGCUUCGUGCAUAUAAUAAUGUACAGCUACUACCUCCUCGCUGCGAUGCUGCCGCAAUACCAGGCUUAUCUCUGGUGGAAGAAAUACAUCACUACUUUGCAGAUGGGUCAGUUUUGCAUCGCUUUCGUCCACAGUUUCCAGCUUCUCCUUUACGAUUGCGGUUACCCGAAAUGGUCGAUGUUCAUAAUACUUCCAAACGUUGCGUUCUUCUAUUUCAUGUUUUCUGACUUUUACAACAAAGCGUACGAGAAGUCAGGUAGCCCUACGGAGGAGAAGGCUAAGAGCCCGCACGAAAUCGAGGGGAAGAGAACCAAUGCCAAUGGAAAAAUCUCACAUAAUGACAAAUUCAAAAAAGCCUGAUUCGAUCUCGGCUCAUCGAUCGGCUCGCGAUUAUUGAAUUUUUCAUACUCUCGAGUGAAUGAAGAAACGAACGAGAAAAAAGAGAAAAAACGAUAGUCGAGCACAUAUAAAGCAAAAGUAGGAAACCAAAUUUCCAAAUGCGCGUUGACGUUCACGCCAAACGAUUUCAGUCAGUAAAAUCACGUUGCUCUUCGAUCUGAGGACUUGUGUAGCUUAGUCGUCCUUAAAUUUCCACAUUGCCACGCUUUUUUUACCUUCUGUUACACAUAUUCAAUUUUACCAGUUAUUCUGGAGUUGUGACUAAAACCGUUCUGGCACCAGAUGUCGAUGUAAUAUUUCUAUACCUGGACACAUUUGUCUGAUCGCCUUAAAAAUGUUAUUGUCUGUACGAUUUGAUUUUUAUGUCUGAAAUCUGAAAUCUGUAAAAUUCAAACUGCGGUUACGACUGAUGAAGGAACAAAUGAGAUACAGAUACGUCGGGAAUGAAUUCAAAUUCCGAACGCUAUAGCGAAGAAAAAGGAGCUAUUGCGUGAUAUAAGAAAAUAUACGAGGGCCGUAUAAAUAGAUCUACGAGAUAUUACCAUGUUGUUAUCGCUACAUUAUAAGUGUAAUUAAUUGAAUCAGAUGUACGGAAUGCGUCAAUUUUUUAUGAUGAGAAAAGGCCAACAAAAAAGACAUAAAAGAACAUAAAUGACCAAUAGCAGGGUGUUUCAAUUUUACGCAAUCUGAGACGUUGCCAUUGAUGUGUGUAUAACAUCUAGUAGGAUUCUGUAACAAAAUAUAUCGUGCGUUAAAAUUUGCUGAAUCAUUAAAAAAUUAUUGAUGAUUGCGAUGAAUUGAUAUGAUUCUGAGCGCGCACCAUUUUGGGCGCAAAUUGUGCGCACGUUAUCUCAUUCAGUGUCCUACGUUGGCCCUGAAGUUUUGCUCACGACUACGGAUAGUUAACUAUAGCUGCCUACCCUUUACAUGCGUGCAUGAUUGACAUGUAGAUUUAUACAUAUAAUUAAUUAUACUACUCCGAAAUCGGAAAUUGAAGAAAAUAAAUGAAUUUAUAUUUAUAAGCACAUUUUUUCGAUAAUCGACGGCCGUUAUAAUAAUUAAAUCUGUAUUGUUCGCAAAUUUCUGUUUCGUCUUUCCUUUUUUUUUUUUCAAAAUUUCUUCUUUUUGUUUUUGUUUUUUUAUUUGUUUCAAUUAUUGAAUAGUAAUUUUUAACUAGGUUAGGAGGCACUACGCAAGUGCAUUUUACAGCUUUAAAUAUCAUUUGAAGAAUUUAGUGUGCAUAUUAUAGAUAUAUAAUAUGUAUGAAUAUUGUAAAAUAUAAUAUAUUGAGAAUCUACUCAUGAA